GUAAUUGACUUCUCUGGUGCUGUUGGCCGGACACGUCUACGAUAAAAUGUCAAUACUUGAGGACCGAUCGUGAAGCCUUUCAUAUAUUCCUCAUCGGUGACUCGACGCGAUGGUUCUCUCUUUCAUCCUCAUACAAAAUCGCCAGGGCAAGACGAGGUUGGCGAAGUGGUACGCGCCGUACAGUGACGAUGAAAAAGUGAAGCUUAAAGGCGAGGUCCAUCGCCUCGUCGCUCCCCGAGAUCAGAAAUACCAAUCCAACUUCGUCGAGUUCAAGCGCAGCACCAAGAUCGUGUAUCGCCGAUAUGCCGGCCUAUUCUUCUGUGUGUGUGUGGAUGCAAAUGACAACGAGUUGGCAUACCUCGAGGCAAUUCACUUUUUCGUAGAAGUGCUCGAUCAGUUCUUCGGAAAUGUGUGUGAAUUGGAUCUCGUGUUCAAUUUCUACAAGGUAUAUGCCAUUCUCGAUGAAGUGUUCCUAGCAGGCGAAAUCGAAGAGACGAGUAAACAGGUGGUUUUGACGCGACUUGAGCAUCUUGACAAGCUGGAGUAACGUAGCAGGCGGAACGAGUAUUAUGCUGGGGUUAUGGAAACUGUGCAUUUUGAACAUAUUGUUAUAUGGCAUCAAAGGAGUCUGGAGUAGGGUUUUCUGGGUCCAUCUUACAAUUGUGGAUGCGUCUUAUGUGGGUUGAUGUGAUGUUAGGAUUGAAGUCUUUCUAAUUGAAUCCGACGUGUUUUGGUCCGAUUCAGGACUGAUCUUACACUUAGGUACUGCAUUGUUAUGAUGGGUGAUAUUGUAUGAUCACAUAUGAUCACGGAAUAACAUUUUAAGGUGGAUUACUGACGGAAUUUAUAACUUGUGACGUCUCAAGCUGAUAGAUUUCGCGCGGCUUUUCAAAUAGCUGU